AAACUUUUCAACUACCACAAAGUUCUUCCUAUGAAUACAGGAGUGGAGGCUGGAGAGACCGCUUGCAAACUUGCUCGUAGGUGGGGAUAUACUGUUAAGGGUAUCCCAAAGUACAAAGCAAAGAUUGUUUUUGCAGCUGGAAACUUCUGGGGGAGAACAUUGUCAGCUAUCUCCAGUUCCACAGACCCAAGCAGUUAUGAUGGUUUUGGACCAUUUAUGCCAGGUUUUGAAAUCAUUCCAUAUAAUGAUCUGCCUGCUCUUGAGCGUGUUCUUCAGGAUCCAAACGUUGCUGCAUUCAUGGUAGAACCAAUUCAGGGUGAGGCGGGCGUCGUCGUUCCAGAGCCCGGUUACCUGAUGGGCGUGCGAGAGCUGUGCACCCGGCACCAGGUUCUGUUUAUUGCUGAUGAGAUACAGACAGGAUUGGCCAGAACUGGAAGGUGGCUGGCUGUGGAUCAUGAAGGGGUCAGACCUGAUGUGGUUCUUCUGGGAAAGGCGCUUUCCGGUGGCUUGUACCCUGUGUCGGCGGUUUUGUGUGACGAUGAAAUAAUGCUGACCAUUAAGCCGGGGGAGCACGGGUCCACGUACGGGGGCAACCCGCUGGGCUGCCGAGUGGCCAUUGCGGCCCUGGAGGUUUUGGAAGAAGAAAACCUGGCCGAAAAUGCAGAGAAGAUGGGUAAUAUCCUGAGGAAUGAGCUCAUGAAGCUGCCGUCUGACAUCGUCACAGCUGUCAGGGGGAAAGGAUUGCUAAAUGCUAUUGUUAUUCGGGAAACCAAAGAUUAUGAUGCUUGGAAGGUGUGUCUACGACUUCGAGAUAAU